AUGCUCAUUCACAUGUGGGCUCGUAAGAAUGGUCUGGCUUGCCCAGCGUAUCUUGUGGUCAAGAAUCAGAUAUGGUUGGGACUUAUCAACUCAUUCUUGGUGACGUUACUGUGGAUCAUAGCCUACUUUCCUGGACUGUAUAACUCUCAGCCAAUUCCAGAUGUGGUUGAGGUAAGGAUAGAGCUGGAUAUAAUAUGUUCCUAUGACUGUACUAUUAGUGGACUCAACCGUGCUUAUGUGCUUGUCAGCAAUGUCCCUGAAGAGAGUCUCAAAGAUUACACUAAGUACUGUCAUACACCUGACACUUCUGGACAUUUUAAAGGGAAGAGCUUUAUUGUUAGGGAGAUACAAUGUGGAGGUAAGAGGGUAGAAAAAGUUUCUUUUCCAGAGCAUGAAUUUUGUAAUCAUGCAGAGGUAUAUCAGUCCAAAGAGAGUGGUAAGAGGUGCUUGCUAGUUAAGCUUCUGAUGGAGGAUGGAUCUGCUUACUACUAUUGUCCCAGGAAGAAUGGUGAUACUGGAGAGAAGAAUGAGUGGUGUGUUUAUAAGGUGUCUAGAGAGAAAGAUGGGCAAGCCAAAGAGAAUCUUAAAACAGUACUUGAACAAGCCAAAACUAGUAUUUUCAUCAGCCAGGCUCUUCAAAUGGAGUUGCUCACUGGAGAAUCAACUCAGACAGAUACUCCAACUUCCACUGGCGAUUAUAAGGUUCGUCUUGACGUAAACAAUACUGGAAAUUAUAUCUGUGAAUCUAACGCUGGAGGAAAUGAUGUAGUUAUAACAGUAACGGAUGAUAAGACUCUUGUACAUCCUACUCUAGAAAGCCAGUAUACCUGUUAUACUCACUCUCCAAGUUCAAAGAACCUCACUCUUGAUAAUCCUGUCAAUGGGAUUUCUGCACUAACUCUGAGUCACGCCAAUGGAGGUCCACCUAAGAAUGUAGAUCAUGUUCAUGUCUACCGUAAAAAGUCUGGAGGUGAGCCAAUCCUCCUGGUAGUUGUAACCAUGUGUGGAGAGAAAUGGUACUAUGGUAGAAAGGAAGAUGGAGUUGUUCGGAGUAGCCCUAAAUGUUGCAUAAAGGACAAGUGGAUCGGUGGUAGGCUAAACUCUGAGAGGUGCCUGUUUCCAACAGAUCUGGGAAAACUACUUGGUGAAUCGAUUAAGAACACUGGAAUAGGAGCUAAUGCAUCAGAUUUUCAGAAGAAGCUUAAUCAGGAUAGUGCUUCCCCUGGUAGAGGUGACGGUUACAGCUCUCCUAAUUCCGGCCUUUGUACCGAUACUGCUGUUGCUGAUCCUUCUCAUAAACACACUGUUUGUCUCAAUCUUGGGAAUGAAUGUGAGUAUUGGUCUAAGUGCCAAGGUGUAUCUCAGGAUAAGACUCUUGUAAGCGUUACUGAGAUAAUUGGUCAAGCUGGUAACCAUGAUCCUCCUAGUGGCUUCCGUAAAUUUGUUCAUAGACUAGACUCAGGUCAAAAGUUUUGCAUUGAGUCUAUCAAAGACCCCGACGGUAAUCCAUUAAAUACCAGACCGCGCAUACAAGGACUAGUUGAUGAAGUGACAGUAUACUAUGAAAAUACUGGGGGAUAUCCUCUUCUGCUAUGUAUUAAGAAGUCUAAUGGAACUGCUGAUGUCACUUACUCCCACUACUGCAAAGGUACUGACAACUGUUGGUACAGGUAUAAAUACGGAGAAUGUAAUGAAAUACUACCUGGAAAUGCUGACAGUGGACUAUGGAAGCUGCUUGAGAAGCUUAAGGAUUCACCACAUCAACUUACUGAAAGGAACUUCUCUAGUGUUGCUAUUUCCGAUCUUGCUAGUCUCCAAUCUGAUCAUCCUAAUUAUGACUACUGGAAGAUUUUGGGUAAUCAUGAUGGUGGCCCAUGGUGGAAUCCUGUAUACUGGCGCUUGUCUCCUACUUGUAUGCCACUGAUUAUGCAUGGUUUAGCGGUUGGAGCUAUGGGUUCCAUUUAUCCUCAUUUGGUUCCAAAGACUUUGGUAUCUGCUAAGUAUGCUCGUAUAUUUGACAUCCUCAGUAUGUUUUUGGCAGCAAUUACCCAGAUUCUUAAUCUAAUGUUUGUCUAA